ACGUCACCACGUGAGAAGCCCCUAAUGCGCAAGCUCCGAGGGGGAGGGGGUAGGUGUGCAGCCCCUGCGACAGCGACAAGGUGGUUCCUCAAAACGCCCGAGCGAGAAAGUUCUUUCUCUCCGCCCAUCUUUUCAUCGACCUCUAUAACGUGAUCAGGGUCGCCGCGCGAGCGCGUCUCUCUCCUUCCUCUGGACUCGAGGAGCGCAUGACCCGGAAGUAGUUCCCGGCGUGGCUCGGGGCGCUAAGAUGGCGGCGGCGUGAGUUGCAUGUUCCAGUGUGUCUACUGUCCCGGAGCCGCCGCGUCUGACGGAGUGAGGGGACGGACCAGACCAGACGGACGGAAGCCGCCGCCGCCCGCUUGGGCCCAGCCAUGGCCGUCACCGUCACCUUGAAGACGCUGCAGCAACAAACGUUUAAGAUCCGCAUGGAGCCAGGGGAGACGGUGAAGGUGCUCAAGGAGAAGAUCGAGGCAGAGAAAGGUCGUGAUGCCUUCCCUGUUUCUGGACAGAAGCUUAUCUAUGCAGGAAAGAUUCUCAGUGAUGAUGUCCCCAUCAGAGACUAUAAGAUUGAUGAGAAAAACUUUGUGGUCGUCAUGGUGACUAAGGCCAAAGCAGGGCCUGCCACUUCGGUGCCUCCAGAGCCCUCUGCCCCUGCUUCUGCCAAUACUCUGGAGCCCUCUACACCUACCCCACCAGCUCCUACCAUUGUUGCCAUGCCCCUGCCUCCACCAGCCCCCAAUGAGGAGAAGAAGGCCACAGAGGAGUCAGCUGCUGGGACACUUCCAGAGGCUAGGCCUGGCUCUCUUCCCUCUUCAGGGAGCAGCGGGCAGGAGGAUGAUGCAGCCUCUACACUAGUGACAGGCUCUGAAUAUGAGACGAUGCUGACAGAAAUCAUGUCCAUGGGCUAUGAGCGUGAGCGUGUGGUGGCUGCCCUGAGGGCCAGCUACAACAACCCACAUCGAGCAGUGGAGUACUUGCUAAUGGGGAUCCCAGGAAGUCCAGAGCCUGAGAGUGGCCCUGUACAGGAGAGCCAAGCCCCUGAGCAGCCUGCCCCAGAGGGAGGCGAGAACCCCCUGGAAUUCCUCCGUGACCAGCCUCAGUUCCAGAACAUGCGACAAGUGAUUCAGCAGAACCCAUCCUUGCUCCCAGCCCUGCUACAGCAGCUGGGCCAGGAGAACCCUCAAUUACUGCAGCAAAUCAGUAGGCACCAGGAACAGUUCAUCCAGAUGUUGAAUGAGCCCACAGGGGAGCUGGCAGACAUGUCAGAUGUGGAAGGGGAGGUUGGAGCCAUUGGUGAGGAGUCCCCCCAGAUGAACUACAUCCAGGUCACUCCACAGGAAAAAGAAGCCAUAGAGAGGUUGAAGGCCCUGGGAUUUCCUGAGAGCCUGGUAAUCCAGGCCUACUUCGCUUGUGAGAAGAAUGAGAACCUGGCAGCAAAUUUUCUCCUGAGUCAGAACUUGGAUGACGAGUGAUACAGGGAGAGAGGGAAGGAAAUUGAGCUUACCCCCCCCCCACACCUUACCCCCACUGCCGGCAAAAAAGUUUUAUAGAAGAAAACAAAUAUAUAUAUAUAUGUGUGUGUGUGUAUAUAUAUAUAUAUAUAUUCAUGUUUAUUUAAAUGGAAAAAAAACAACAAAAAAGACUAUACUCGAGUGCCCUCUUAACUUCCCUUUCCCCCAAAGAAGUUGGGGCCACACAUAGCUGUAAAACUGUCCUUGCCCCGGCAUUCCCCCCCAUUUCUGAGUGUGCACAUGUGCAUCUGUGUGAGAGAAAGAGUGUUUGUGUGUGUGAGCUGGAGCUGGCGGCCUGGCCAGGGGAUUUGGAGACAGAUGGGCCCCUCCUGGCCUGUGGCCCAGCUUGCUGCUGAGACAGAUGGAGCCUUGGCCCCAGCUCCCAGCAAGCAGGUCUCUCCUCCCUCCCUCCCCCUGAAACUGCUGAUGUCCCCACCCCCUCCUAGAGGGAGUCUGUGGUGGCCCAGCUCCACCCCUUCUGCCCCCUUUCUGACUUGGGGUAGGGGUGGGGGAGUGAGGGAACCUGAUCUUCCCUUGGAAUGAAACUGUCCAAAUUCUUCCAUCUGGCUUUUUGCAAGGAAAGUCAGAUGAAGGAUAGCUAGGGCUAAUUGUUUAUCACCAGCCUGAGUGCUAGGGGGAAGAAGAUGGGAUGUUGGAAUUCAAGCAAAAAACUUCUAAGUACACAGCUAAAGGGGAUAAAGCACCUCUGCUCCUUCCUGUUACCUAGUAAAGAGCAAGGGAGAGUGAAUCCUUCUUUCUUUGCUCUAGGAAGAACUGAAUUACAACAGGCUGGAGCUUAGGGUAGGGUGUUCACUAGAGAGAACUGUCUGGGCAGAAACUAAACCUAGGGCAAGAUUGUCCUGACUCCUUCCCCCUUGCCUUCUUUACCUGCCCCAUCCCCAGUGUCUCCAAUAAAGGUUUUGAAGUGAAUAAAGUUUUAGAAACAA